CGGCCAAGCAGGCAGGAGGCGGGGCGCCGCGUUUGUCCCGGCCUUUUCGGGGAGGAGGAGCCGCCGACCGACCGCCCCGGCCCGCUCUCCCCUUCCACCUCAGUACUUCGGAAGCCUCUCCCUCGGGGCCUGAAUGAGCCGCCGAGGGGCGGCGGGGCGCAGAGGCGGGCGGCCAUGACUCAAGCGGAGAAGGGGGAGGCGGCGGCGGCAGAGAAUGGCAAGGACAAAGAGCGCGACAAGGAGAAGGAGCAGCGGGGCACCAAGCGGCCCAUCGAGCUGGGACAAGCGACCCCCGUCGCGGAGACGACGCCUGGGAGGGCUCCCGUCGCCCCUCGGGGUGGCGCAGCGUUGGGCCGCCGCGCGGUUGCCCUAAGGGCUCGGUCGGCUGAAUCGGGGAGGCAGAGGGUGAGGCUUUGCCCCGGUUUCCCUGCUCAGCAAAUACAGAGCAACUUCAUUGUUGUGAUACACCCUGGCUCAAUGACAUUAAGGCUUGGAAGAGCUACAGACACACUUCCGGUGAGCAUUCCUCAUAUUAUUGCAAGAAGACACAAACAGCAAGGACAACCUACCUACAAAGACAGCUGGCUUCUAAGAGAAGGCCUGAAUAAACCUGAAAGUACUGAACAAAGACAAAAUGGUCUUAAAAUGGUUGACCAAGCGAUAUGGUCCAAAAAGAUGUCAAAUGGUGCAAGACGUAUUCCCGUCUCUCCUGAUCAGGCCCGGUCUUAUAAUAGACAGAUGAGACCUGCUAUCUUAGAUCACAGCUCCGGGACAAAAUGGACAAACACUGCCCACCAUCCAGAAUAUGUCAUAGGAGAAGAGGCACUGUAUGUCAACCCUUUGGACUGUUACAAUAUUCAUUGGCCUAUUCGACGAGGACAGUUGAACCUUCACCCAGGGCCUGGUGGCUCUCUGACUGCAGUCCUAGCUGAUCUUGAAGUUAUAUGGUCAUACGCAAUACAGAAGUAUUUAGAAAUACCUCUGAAGGACUUGAAGUAUUACAGGUGCAUUUUACUAAUUCCAGACAUCUAUAAUAAGCAACACGUGAAAGAAAUAGUAAAUAUGAUCCUGAUGAAGAUGGGCUUCUCAGGAAUAGUGGUACAUCAGGAGUCUGUUUGUGCUACGUUUGGAAGUGGCCUAAGUAGUGCUUGUGUUGUUGAUGUGGGAGACCAGAAGACAAGUGUCUGCUGUGUUGAAGAUGGUGUCUCGCAUCGUAACACCAGGUUACGCCUUGCCUAUGGAGGUUCUGAUGUAGCAAGGUGUUUCUAUUGGCUUAUGCAGCGCGCUGGAUUUCCUUACAGAGACUGCCAGCUGGCUAAAAAGACAGAUUGUCUUCUCCUCCAGCACUUAAAAGAAACAUUUUGCCAUUUAGAUCAGGAUUUAUCUGGAUUAAAAGAUCAUGAGUUCCAAGUUCGUCAUCCAGAUUCUCCAGCCUUGUUAUAUCAGUUACGCUUAGGGGAUGAAAAGUUGCAGGCUCCAAUGGCACUAUUUUAUCCAGCAACAUUUGGGAUUGUGGGGCAGAAAAUGACAUUGUUGCAGCAGCGAUCGCAGGGUGAUCCUGAGGACCCACAUGAUGAACAUUAUCUUUUAGCCACACAAAGUAAGCAGGAGCAGUCGGCAAAGGCAACAGCUGAUCGAAAGUCCAUGUCCAAGCCUGGUGGAUUUGAGGGAGAUUUGCGUGGUCAGUCUGCAAGUGUUGCCGAAAAUCUGUAUCCCCCAGAAGUGGAGUUAGGUCCUUUUCAUGGCGACUGUAUUAUUGGGGGAAACGAGUCUGAAGAACCACUCACAAGUCAUAUGUCCAGAAAAAUGGCUAUCUCCCAGUUUGAAGGGAAAGCUUUAGGCCUCGACAAAGCGAUUCUGCACAGUAUUGAUUGCUGUGCAUCAGAUGAUACAAAAAAGAAAAUGUACAGUUCAAUCCUGGUAGUAGGUGGUGGUCUGAUGUUUCACAAAGCCCAAGAAUUUCUUCAACACAGGAUUCUCAACAAAAUGCCUCCUUCUUUCAGAAGAGUUGUUGAAAACGUAGAAGUUAUUACAAGACCAAAGGACAUGGAUCCUCGUUUGAUUGCUUGGAAAGGGGGUGCUGUUUUAGCCUGUCUGGAUACAACACAAGAACUAUGGAUAUAUCAAAGAGAAUGGCAACGUUUUGGUGUCCGUAUGUUGCGUGAAAGAGCUGCUUUUGUAUGGUGACCCAGUGAGAUCUGAAAUGUUAUGGAAUCCUGAAUAUAACUUUUUCCCAUUCAACAAGCCAAAACUGAUAUCAGUUUUUAAAUAAAAAUAAACAAAAAGUACUGUGGUUCUAUAGAAGUAUUUUAAAAAAUGGGACAUAAUAGAACCAGAAAUUUUCUUAACUUUC